GCCAGGCGCCAUGAAAAUAUUACUAGCCACACUGGCACUAGCAGUGACAGUGACUGUGUCCAAUGCUCAAGCAUCAAUAAUACCUAGUUACACCUGGGAAGAGGUGAAGCAGAAUCUUGCAACACCUGAGGAUGUCACAGAAAUGGUUGACUGUGCCCUUGGCAUCCGUCCUACUGAACAACUAGGCUGCCGGCCCUUGUUCAGUGAAUUAAGAAAUUCUCUGCAUGAACUAGUUCAGCAGAACUGCAGACGCUGCUCGCGGCAGAUGAGGAUGUUAAUAAAUAAUGCAAUCGUUCACCUCCAAAGUAAUUACAGAGAAGAAUUCAACAGACUUGUACGUGGUGUCAGAUCAUGAGGAAGAACAGCGAUUUGUGUAAUACAUGUUUCAAUCAAUAAAAAAUCUUAAUGAAAUGUUUAACAUUAAGUGAUUCAUGAAAUCCAUUGUGCAAAAUUUGUGUGUGGAUCCAGAAUAUGAGACUACUCUUGGGUAUACUGACAUAUGAACAAUGUCUCCCUCAUUUCCAAAAUCCAGGCUGUCUGUUUAAUAUGACAAGUAUUCUGUAUAUGCUAUAUAAUCCAGUUAGAAUUACUGCUUAUUUAACUAGGCCCAGUAAAAUCUUGCACAGACUUAUCCAACAUAAUAAUGUCCACUAACAUAAUAAUUAUGUGGUAACUGCCAGCUGGCAUACCUCAAAUAGCAGCUUUUAGAAACAUCACAAAUAAUAAUAUUUACACAAAACAUUGUGCCAGACUGACCACUAUGAACAGUAGAACUGUUACAUUACUGCCUAUGAAUUAACAUUUU